AAAUAAAUAAAUAAAAUUAAUAAAAAAGCACCAACUGCCAUUUUUGUUUUGACAGAAAGGCACACGUCUCUGAUCUGAGAGAGCCUGAACAGGGCACCACCACCCAAUUGAUUAGUGUCUCUUAUGUUCUCUGUACAAACCACGAACACCUACCAGGGAAGAUUGAAUAAGAAAUAAGGGGAAAAUGUCUGCAGCUGUGAAGGACAUGGUGAUGAGGUUGACAAGUCAUGUAGGUGCUAAAAGAGUGGUACUGUUGAAGCACAAGUAUGUAGAUCACGCUCAGAUUGAUUUUCUUAGAGGGAGUAAUUACCGUAAACCGUUGGUUCAUUUGAACCGGUCGUGCAGUCGAGUUCGGCUCGCUCGCUGCCAGGAAAUACUGCAAUUCAGUGCAAAUGGAUUCACCAACCUCAAGCCCGAGAAAGGAAAGCGACAGCUUGGAAGCCGGUCCAGCUCACAAGCCAUCCUAACCCCGGUUUCAGACCCGACUCCAACCAUGAAGAAGCGAGUAUUUACCUUUGGCAAGGGAAAGACUGAAGGCAACAAGGGCAUGAAGUCUUUGUUGGGAGGUAAAGGAGCGAACUUGGCAGAGAUGGCGAGCAUUGGUUUGUCAGUGCCGCCAGGGCUUACCGUAUCAACAGAAGCUUGCCAAGAGUAUCAACAGAACGGCAAACAGCUACCGGAUGGAUUGUGGGAGGAAAUAUUGGAAGGCUUAGAGAGUGUCGAGAUGGACAUGGGGGCAUUCCUUGGCGACCCUUCCAAGCCCCUCCUCCUUUCUGUUCGCUCUGGCGCCGCUAUAUCCAUGCCCGGCAUGAUGGACACCGUUCUCAACCUCGGACUGAAUGAUGAAGUGGUUUCUGGUUUGGCUAAGAAAAGUGGAGAGCGGUUUGCAUUUGAUUCGUACAGACGCUUCCUUGACAUGUUUGGCAAUGUCGUAAUGGGCAUUCCACACUCAUUGUUUGAGGAGAAAUUAGAAAUUUUGAAGAAUGCAAAACGGAUCAAUCUUGAUACUGAACUAACUGCCUCUGAUCUUAAAAAGCUUGUGGAACAAUACAAGAAUGUCUACCUUGAAGCAAAGGGUGAAAAGUUUCCUUCAGACCCAAAGAAACAAUUACAAUUGGCUAUUAAAGCAGUUUUUGAUUCGUGGAACAGCGCGAGAGCCAUCAAAUACCGGAGCAUCAACCAGAUAACCGGGUUAAAGGGUACAGCAGUGAAUAUUCAAUGCAUGGUGUUUGGGAAUAUGGGAAACACAUCAGGGACAGGGGUCCUCUUCACUAGGAACCCGAGCACCGGCGAAAAUAAGCUCUAUGGGGAGUUUCUAGUUAAUGCUCAGGGAGAGGAUGUGGUAGCUGGAAUAAGAACACCGGAGGACUUGGACACCAUGAAAAGUUGCAUGCCUGAAGCUUACAAGGAGCUCGUGGAGAAUUGCGAAAUUUUAGAGCGACAUUACAUGGAUAUGAUGGAUAUAGAAUUCACUGUUCAAGAAAAUAGGCUUUGGAUGCUGCAAUGUCGGUCAGGCAAGCGCACGGGUAAAGGUGCGGUGAAGAUUGCUGUCGACAUGGUUGAUGAAGGCCUAGUCGACACUCGCACUGCAAUUAAGAUGGUCAAGCCACAGCAUCUUGACCAACUUCUGCAUCCCCAGUUUGAAGAGCCAUCAGCUUACAAAGACAAAGUACUUGCCACGGGGUUGCCAGCAUCUCCUGGAGCAGCAGUGGGCCAGGUUGUGUUCAACACUGAGGAUGCUGUCAUGCACGCACAAGGAAAGAGUGUCAUCCUGGUGAGGACAGAAACCAGUCCAGAGGAUGUGGGUGGUAUGCAUGUGGCUGCCGGAAUAUUGACAGCAAGAGGUGGCAUGACAUCUCAUGCAGCUGUCGUAGCCCGUGGAUGGGGGAAAUGUUGUGUUUCUGGUUGUGCUGAUAUCCGUGUGAACGAUGCCGAGAAGUUUGUUGUAAUUGGAGGCACGGUUAUCAGCGAAGGUGAAUGGAUUUCACUCAAUGGGUCAACAGGUGAAGUGAUCUUGGGUAAACAACCACUUUCUCCUCCGGCUCUAAGUGGUGAUUUGGAGAACUUCAUGACUUGGGCUGACAAAAUAAGGUGCCUCAAGGUUAUGGCAAAUGCGGACACUCCCGAAGAUGCGCUAACAGCAAGAAAUAAUGGUGCUGAAGGGAUUGGACUUUGUAGGACAGAGCACAUGUUCUUCGCUUCUGACGAACGUAUCAAGGCAGUGAGAAAGAUGAUAAUGGCAGUAACACCUGAGCAGAGGAAGGCAGCAUUAGACCUGCUGUUGCCUUAUCAAAGAGUGGAUUUCGAGGGCAUUUUCCGUGCAAUGGAUGGUCUCCCAGUGACGAUUCGACUCUUGGACCCUCCGCUCCAUGAAUUUUUACCAGAAGGUGACCUAGAGCAGAUUGUCGGUGAACUAACCACAGACACUGGCAUGACAGAAGACGAGGUUUACUCAAGGAUCGAGAAAUUAUCAGAAGUAAAUCCCAUGCUUGGUUUUCGAGGCUGCAGGCUAGGAAUAUCGUACCCAGAGCUAACCGAAAUGCAAGUGCGCGCUGUCUUUCAGGCUGCUGUGUCUAUGCGCAACCAGGGAAUCACAGUCCUUCCAGAGAUAAUGGUUCCCCUUGUUGGAACACCUCAGGAACUAGGACAUCAAGUGCAUUCAAUUCGUAGUGUUGCAAAGAAAGUGUUCUCCGAGAUGGGUACUUCCUUGAGCUUCAAGGUAGGGACCAUGAUCGAGAUUCCUAGAGCUGCUCUUGUUGCGGACGAGAUUGCAAAGGAAGCGGAAUUUUUCUCCUUCGGGACCAAUGACCUCACACAAAUGACAUUUGGGUACAGUAGAGAUGAUGUUGGCAAGUUUCUCCCCAUUUACCUCUCCAAAGGCAUUCUCCAAAAUGAUCCGUUUGAGGUACUUGAUCAAAAAGGUGUCGGUCAACUAAUCAAGAUGGCCACAGAAAAAGGUCGUGGAGCUCGUCCAAGCUUGAAGGUCGGAAUAUGUGGAGAGCAUGGCGGUGAGCCUUCUUCUGUCGCGUUCUUUGCAGAGGCCGGCCUGGACUAUGUUUCGUGCUCUCCAUUCAGGGUGCCUAUCGCGAGGCUAGCUGCAGCUCAAGUCGCCGCGUGAGGAAGAAAUUUUGGGAGAGCAAAGAGCACCACCAUACAUUUUCUGCAACCUUGUAAAUAAUUAUUAUAUGUUCAUAAAAUAAAUUACAUUAAAGCGGGAAAAAUGAUCACAGCGAACAUUACAAAAGUAAAAUAAUAAAUCAGACAGUGUAAAUAAUUUUAUGGUGUUAUAUAUAUAACAAUCUUUGUAAUCUAAAAUCGUGAACUAUCAUGAUUUUUACAAAUAAUAACAUAAUGCGGAAAAUAAAUAACAUAUCCGAAUCAGUUAUGCGAAA